UUUAUGCUAAGCUAAUACUGAAGUUAUUGUUUCUUUAUAACAACUUUCAUUGCAAUAAUACUUGCAAAAAUGACUGCUGUAAAAGUUUGUAGGGUUUGUUUACAAAUGGGUGUUAAUUUGUUAAAGCUGCACUCCGGGUCUUUGGAUCAUUUUUAUGAAAUAAUAACUGGAAUCUGUGUAGAACAGAUAAAGUUGCCAAUGUAUGCGUGCCAAGAGUGUGCUUUGUUAUUGAAGAAGUAUUAUUACUUUAGGCAAAAAUGUAUGAGAGCCCUUAUGAUUUUAAAAAGUAUUCUUCAAUACCAAGACGAGAUAACUGAAAGAGAUAUAUUAAAAAUUGAUAGAGAAGCCAUACUCUUAAAUACUACUCUGACACUUUCCAAAAAUGUUUGUGACAUAAAUAUUGAUCCCACUAAGAAUAACAUUCAAAAUGAUGAGGUGGAAAUAAAAACAUUUCCUAAUGUACCUUUGGAUAAUUUGUUUUUUGAUAUGGAUCCGUUUGAAGCUGGAACAGAUAAAGAGUGGCCUAGUGACGAUGAUUUUAUUGGCACCAAAGAUGAUGAUUCUGAAGAUGAUUUAAUUGCCUUAAGCAAACUUGGUGUUGUUAAAGUGGAAUCAAAAUCAACUGAAACGCAGAAAACUCCUAUGAGAAGACCUCGAAAAACUUUAAAAAAAGAAAAGCCAAUAGUCUCAAUAUCAAAACAGCAUAAAAUAAGAAUUAGAAAGGGAAAAGGUUUUAUAACUCCACAGGAUAUCAAUUUGCCUAAAGACAUUGAUUUAAAGUUUGAUGAUAAUUUUACAGUAGCGGAGACAACAAAAGAAGAGCAAAUUGCGGAAAUAAAAAAGCGUCAAGAUUCAGAACGUUUCCGCAAAGCUGAGUUCAAGUGUCAAAUGUGUUACAAAUGCUUCAGUAAUGAUAAACUCUGGCAAAUGCACAAGGAACGGCACGAUCUUUCGGCAGGUGAGGCAGAGUGCGAGAUUUGCAAACUGCGAUUCAGUCGCGCGGCUCUCAAACGGCAUAUGUAUUCCGUUCACAGCAAGAAAUAUCUUUGUAAACAGUGCCCUUUUAUUGCUUCUACAUUCAAUCGCGCUAAGCAGCAUAUGUUACAACACAAGGGUGUGAAGUACAAGUGUCCGCACUGUGAUGAAGUUACUAAUAAUUUAAACGCCAUUCUUGGUCACGUACGCAAACGCCACGCGUCGGAUAUUCUGUGCCGUUUUUGCGGACUGCCUUUUGUCUCACGGAUGGGCCUCAUUCGGCAUAAGGCGUUGAUGCACAGAGAUCGAGAUGAGAUAACAGAAAUAGAGGACAAUCCGGAAGCCCCGCACUGUAGCGAGUGUGAUAUGAAGUUCGCGAAUGAAGAGGCGUUUAAAAGACAUCGCCUCACGGCCAGAAAACAUAAGGAUGCGACGAAAAAUACGAUUGGAUGUCGCGAAUGUGGAGAGACGUUCGCGAAUAAGAAGGAUCGUCGGGAACACAGUUCUAUUUAUCACAAACGAACACAUGUGUCUAAACCCACACCUGCCGAAUGGCCUGACAAAUGUCCCCUCUGUUCGGAAGUUAUAACUAGUGCGCGCUCUUUGUGGGCCCACUUUCGCAUGAACCAUCCCUACGAGGAGUACCCGCGUGAGAGACCUUUUAUCUGUGACGUAUGUGGAAUGCGAAUGCGGUAUAAAAAAGGCCUAGAAGCCCACAUGUACACACACUUAAAGGAGAAGCCGUUCAAAUGCCUCCGAUGCGGUAAGGGAUUCAACAGUGCGGGAAAUCUUGCGACGCAUCAUGGGUCCGUGCAUUCCGAUCUACGUCCGUAUGUGUGUACCGUUUGCAACCGGGCAUUUAAGAAGAAGAAUACCUUGAGGUGCCACUUUAUGACGCACACUGGUGAGAAACCCUACCGGUGCGAGAUCUGUGGUCACGCGUUCACUCAAUCCAACAGCUGCAAGAGCCACAUUAGGAAAGUGCAUGGAGAACAACCGCCCAAGAUUGUCUCACGCAAUAACUACUCAAACUAAAGAUCCUACGCUAGUGUAAUCAACCUACGUAGAAUGAAAAUUAAGCAAAGCUUAACUAAAUAUGCCAGAACUGUCUAAGUGACAGUUGAUGCUCCGUGUAAAUAUUGUUCCAUAUUCAAAAUGUAAAAAACAAAAGACGAAAUUGUGAGCUCGAUUGUGAUUGGGCAACGUAAGGUGACGUAUAAUUUCGCGUAUUGUAUACAUACUUGGGGCAUUCCACGUGAAGCUAAAAGAUACAUUUUGAUGUUUCCGAUUUUAGUUAUAUUCGAUUGACAUAUACAUACGUCCUGGACAAUAACGAUCAAACAAAAAUAUAUAAUAAAAUACAUAAUUAAAGUAUAUAUUCCACUAGUUUGGUUUUUCAAUUAUACCUUAGUAACAACACUUCGUGUACUUGUGACUAAUGGAUACUUGUAAGGCAGAAUUUAAUGCCCUUUAACUCUGUUCUAUAGAUUAAACGUUCAGGACGUAUAUAUAUGUAUAUAACUCAAUCGCUUGUAACUUAAAACAGAAAUAUCAACAUUUUUUCCAGCAAAAAAAAAAUAAACAAUUCGUAAAAAUCGGUCAAUUGUGGGAAGAGUUUGAUUUCAAACACUGUGACCCGAGAACUUUUAUAUUGUUUUACGAAAAAUGUACAAUUAUUACAUAUUUGAAUAUCACUAACUGAACUGUCGGAUUACUUAAGAAAAGAGCGUAUCAAUUCUUUUUUUUUUGGCAACGACAACACUUUCCUGUCAUUGAGUGUCUAUGGCUUCACCGGCGAGCCGAGUUGUUUGGUUUUUGUGGGUUGUUUGAGGGUUGUUCUAUAAAAUAACCUUCUAAAAUCAGUGAUUAGACUUAUGCAUUACGCCCUAUCGAAGAAAUCCUAAAUUCGGUAGUAAUUUUGUAAAUUUAUGUAGUACAAAAA